CAUCUCUUUCUCUCUCUCUCUCUCUCUCUCUCUCUCUCUCUGUCUCUUUCUCCUUCUCAGCAGUUCACUCACAGUCCCCAAAGCUCUCUGCCCAAGUGAAAAAAAAGAGCUUUUGCAGAAACGAAGAAGAAACCAGACAGCCCUUUUGAUCUUUCAUCUCACCCACCUUCCAUUUAGCUGUAAUCUGGGUUUUGGGAGUGGGAAAGCACCCGACUCCAGCUUCUUCUGAUCUCUGUUUUCUUCCAAAAAUUUCGUGUUCUUUGCUCCUCAACCAUUCCCCGUGUUUCUUUUGCUCGCGUCUGUCUAAUCGAGACCCGUUUGAAAUGCCAAUGCAAGCAUCUGUUUUUGCCGUGCCCUGCAGCUAAAAAUCGCUGCUUUUGUUUAUUUAUUUAUUUAUUUAUUUUCUUCCUUUUGCUUUCCCCGGAAAAUGAGGGAAAGUGGAAGGAAUCUCUUUGAAAAUCAUGGAGCAGACAAAUCCAAGUGAUUAAUGUUUUUUUUCCUUUUCGGGUUACAUACAUUAUCGUCUCCUCAUCUAUUAGUUUUUCUCCUCCCGGUGUUGCAAACACUUGAAAGGGAAAAUGAGAAAGCAUGGAUGGCAGCUUCCUUACCACCCUCUGCAGGUGGUGGCAGUUGCCGUGUUUCUGGCAUUGGGGUUUGCCUUCUAUGUGUUCUUUGCCCCCUUUGUUGGGAAGAAGAUGUUUCAGUACAUUGUGAUGGGCAUCUACACUCCUCUUAUUACAUGUGUUUUUGGCCUGUACAUUUGGUGUGCCGCAGCUGAUCCUGCAGACCCAGGGGUUUUUAAGUCUAAAAAAUAUCUCAAAGUUUUAGAUAAUGGAAAGCAUGUCCGACAAAAGGAUUCCAAACUAGGAGGCGAAUCAACUUCAUCUAUAUAUGAUGCCAAUAAUGCAGCAGCUGGAGGCAAAUCUCUUGACAAGGAUGUAGAGAGUGCGGCAGCAAAGGAGUCCACUGCUGAAACUGAGAGGCCGUCAAAACACACCACUUGUUGCGCAUUAGCAUUACUUCCCUGUGCUUUAAUGUGCAAGUGCUGUAGCUCGAGUGACGAAUCUUCUGAGAAACACAUAAGUGAAGAUGGCAUGUUUUAUUGCAGCUUGUGUGAAGUUGAGGUUUUCAAGUACAGCAAGCAUUGUAGAGUUUGUGACAAAUGUGUUGAUAGAUUUGAUCAUCACUGCAGGUGGCUGAAUAAUUGUAUUGGUAAAAAGAACUACAAGCAGUUUUUCACUCUUAUGGUGUCUGCUCUUCUCUUGCUUAUUCUGCAAUGGUCCACGGGUAUGCUUGUGCUUGUAUGCUGUUUUCUCGAGAAGAGGCGAUUUAUGGUGGAUAUUGCAACCAAAUUGGGGAGCAGUUUUUCUUUAGUGCCCUUUGUGAUUGUAGUGGUGGUGUGCACCAUCCUGGCGAUGAUUGCCACCUUACCACUAGCUCAGCUUUUCUUCUUCCAUAUACUUCUCGUAAAGAAGGGAAUCAGCACGUAUGAUUACAUCAUAGCUCUGAGGGAGCAAGAGCAAGAGCAACAAGGAGUAGGCCAUCAAAGUGCACAAAUGUCUCCUGCCAGCUCACUUACUGGAUUAAGCAGUGCAAGCUCUUUCACAACUUUCCACCGAGGUGCAUGGUGCACGCCGCCACGAUUGUUCCUUGAAGAUCAGUUUGAUGUUGUCCCUCCGGACACUGGAUCUGUUAGUUCUUUGGGCAAGAAGACGGUGGGAGAGGAUCUGCCAAAGAAAAAGAACCCUGGAGCAGUGAAAAUCAGUCCGUGGACACUCGCUCGCUUAAAUGCAGAAGAGGUCUCGAAAGCUGCUGCAGAGGCUAGAAAAAGAUCUAAAAUACUGCAGCCUGUUGUGAGACGAGAAUCCCCAUUUGGCCUUGAAGCUGACAGCAACUUUGGAAGCAGUAGCCGAAGGAUGAUACCGAGGCCUGAUAAUAAUAGGAAGCGGCCGAGUAAGCGGGUGAGGCUCCCAGCUGACUUGGCCAUGGAGCCAAUCACGAAUCUCUCGCUGAAAAGCACAGAAAAAGGUAUCCCUGAGACAUCGACAAGCUUGGCUCCUCUUCAGCUUGAGGCUCGGAGUGCUUUCCAAACAAGCCGGGCCAUGUCUAGCUCCAAUGAAAUUGUGGGGUCCUCCCCUGACAGCAGCCUGGAGUCUCCUGACAUCCACCCUUUCCGAGUCUCCUCCUCGGGGCCUGAAGAGGGUAGGCGGCCGACUGGACUACCUGCUGGUAUGGCUGCACAGAGAGGAUUACCGCUCUCAAGAUCGACCAGUGAUGGGUAUGAAGCAUCAGGUGGGGAAGAUAGUGACAGGGUUCCUUCUAGGUUUGUUCAGAGGUCAGCAAACUGGAGUAAUCUUCUAUUGGGGUUUGAUCAGGAUCAGAGGGUUGCGAGAUUGAAAGCGUCGUCGUCCUCAUCUUCUCAGGUCGAUCACAGAAAGCUUUGACCUGUAUGAAGUCUUGCUUCGAACUGAUUUGAUGAAGAAGCGAUGGAGUUCACAAUUCUUUCAUUCAUGGACAAGAGUCAUUCGGGCUUCUGAGGACUAAUAGACCCAUCUUGGCUUUUGCAUUAUAAUGCUGUUCAUUGCCUCUGAUAUCUUUAGAUUGAAGGAGUUUCGAUAAGCUGUAAAAAAGAGUUUUUGAAUUAACUAUUUGGCAAGUGGGAUUGGCCGAGAAAAGCUGUCGUCUUAACUUGGCAGAUCUUGGUUCUUACUCUUCUAAACCCACAGAAAGGCAAAGUUUGAGAUUCACAAGCUGCCUCAUUUGAACUUUUUGUAAUCCUUCAUCUGGCAAGGAGUUGAUUUCGAUCUUA